AUGGGCGCAGUCAACAGCAAGGCCGGCGACGCAGGCGCCCUCUAUCUGCGCGACCAGACUCGAUUCUCCGUCGCCGCCCUCACCAUCACCAACGCCCGCAACCGCACGCUGCUCCACGUCUCGCCCAACGCCUUCCCCGCCGCCCGCUAUGCCGCCAAGCGCGAGCCGGGCGACGACGCCCUCAUCGACUUCGUCCAGGACCCCGACGCGCUGCCCCACGCCGAUGGCCCGCCCGCCUUCCUGCUGCGCCUGCCCAGCGACGACGAGCUGCUCUUCCACUUCACCUUUGUCCUGCGCCAGCACCUCGCCGUCCCCGCCACCUACACGCCUCCCCCGACUGCCCACGGCGCCCCCACGGGCCUCGUCGACACCCACAUCCAUGGCCUGACGUUUGUCUUUGCCUCGAGCGAGCGCGACCUCGACAAUCUCGUCACGCGCGAGUUCCACGCCAACCCCAACCUCCACAAGAACCCCCAGGUCGAGCUGGUCGGCGACUACUCCACCGCCGGCCACUCGUCGGUCCAGUUCCAGUGGUCGUGGAAAUGGACUCCGCCCCGCGCCCCCGAGUCGCGCCCCGGCGGCUGGCGCACCAGCUGCAGUUUCGUCGAGUAUGACCAGCGCGCCCACCGCCUCGAGACGCUGGCGAGCUUCACCGUCUGGGUCCAGAACACGCCGCGCCAGCUGCAGAGCCCAAAGUCGCCCUCGCCGCGCCUCGAACUUGGCGUCCCUCCCCGCCUGCGCGUCCCCUCGGCCCAGUCGAUAGAGUCUCGCGUCAGCGACUCGGCAGGCGAGGACCGCGAGUGGGACACGAUACCUCCGCGAUCGCCCAUCUGCGAACCCAUCCCCGAGCACAGCCUGGGCCUCGUACCGAGCCACACCACCACACUGGCGAGCGGCACCGCCUCAGUCAAGCUCGACGUCUCACGCCCCGGUGAAGACCUCAGUCAGACCGACGAUGGGCCGCUGUUUCGCGCCACCAUGAAGUCACUCGAGCAGAAGACGGGCAACAUGCGCACCAGGUGGAAAAAGGUCCUCAAACGCGCCGAGUCCGCCAUGGAGGCCCAGGUCGCAUGCAACAAUGCCAUGGCCGACCUCAUGGACGCGCUCAGAGAGGCCUCGUCGUCCAAUGCAAACGCAGUGCAGCCGGCCAUUGACCACUACUUUGACAAGAUUGCCAAGGAGAUUCUGGGCUACGAAAAGUCCAAUUCCACAAACAUCCAAAAACUCAUCAUUGAUCCCAUAUACAAGCUUUACAAUAUCGACAUCAAGCAGGCCGAGACGAAACGCAAGGACUUUGAGGAGGAGAGCAAAGACUACUAUCAAUACCUAGGACGAUAUCUCGGCCAACGGCAAGACUCACUGAAGGAGAAGAAGCGCGCCGAGACCGACUCAAAAUACCAAGCCAAGAGGCGCAACUUUGAGCUGAAGCGCUUCGACUACUCCUCAUUUAUGCAGGACCUGCAUGGAGGUCGGAAAGACCAGGAGGUGCUCUCCCACCUUACGCAAUAUGCCGAUGCCCAAGCCAAACGCUAUCUUGAGACGGCGAAGAAGAUUGAGACCAUGCUGCCGCACCUAGAGGCCCUGAGCUGCGAGGUCAAAGAGGCAGACAAGGAGUUUCAGAUCCAGAGGACCGAGCGCGAGGAGAAAAGACGAGCGCUGGAGACGAUUAAAAAGACUUUCGAUGAGGUACCCGUGCCCUCCCUCACAUCUCCCGCAGCAUCAACAGGCAGUGUGCCGAAAACAACGUCGAGGUCAGAUCCAGAGCCGCCUCCUGGCCGCAAAGGCAGUCUUGUACCCAUGUUUCAAAGCACAGUCAUGCCGCCCCAGACUAUCUCAUCUACAAGCAUUCCCUCAUCCAUAGCGUUACCGCAGAGCCCCGAGGCUACCAAGGCGAGCCUGGCCAUGGCGGCCCCGCAGCCGGACAAGUUCAAGGGAAUCAGAGAUCUCGAAGAAAAGGACCCCGCUGCAAUGGCCGAAGCUGGUUCGGGUGCGCACCGCAAGGAAGGUCUUCUGUGGGCCCUCAGCAGGCCCGGAAGCCAUGUGGAUCCCAAGGGCUUGAACAAGCAAGCCUGGCAUAAGUUCUGGAUCGUCCUUGAUCAGGGGAGGCUUUCAGAGUACACCAACUGGAAGCAGAGUCUAGAGCUGCACAUGGAACCAAUCGACCUCCGCAUGGCCUCAGUAAGGGAAGCGCGCAACGCAGAUCGCCGGUUUUGCUUCGAAGUCAUCACCCCCCAAUACACGCGAGUGUACCAGGCAACCAAUGAAGAAGACAUGAAGUCGUGGAUCAGUGCAGUCAACAAUGCUUUGCAGACAGCUGUUGAGGCGACAGGAAAAUCGGAUCGGCCAUCAACAGACUCGCUGCCUGGACAGACGCACCGAGAUAUUGCAUCAGUGCUCACGGGUAAGAGUCCAUCAAUGUCAAGUCAUCGAAACACGUACGGCUCCAAGGCACCGGCGCGGCAUGCCACAGUAGGUGAUCGACCUGGCGGAUACCGGCGAGAGGAGGCGUUUGGCGAUGAAGGUAAGCUGCUUAAGCAGGUAAGAGACGCGGAUUCCAGCAACAAAAUGUGCGCAGAUUGCGGUACGGAGAUCAAGGUGGACUGGGUUUCCAUCAACCUCGGCAUCAUCAUUUGUAUCGAAUGCAGUGGCAUACAUCGGUCACUCGGCACCCACAUUACAAAGGUGCGUUCUUUGACUCUGGAUGUCACGUCCUUCACUCCCGAUAUCAUCGAGAUACUGCUCAAGAUCGGCAACCGCGUCAGCAAUUCCAUCUGGGAAGCAAGACUGGAACCCGGGCUGAAGCCGGGGCCAAUGUCGACAAGAGAGCAAAGGCUGCAUUUCAUUACUUCAAAGUACGCCGAUCGGACCUACGUAGCACCCAUAACACCGAACAUGUCCCACUACGCAAAUCCAGAGGAGACGCUUCUAGCGUCGGUUAAGAAGAACGACAUUCAGAACGUGCUCUACGCUCUAGCUCUGAGGGCAAAUGCAAACGCACGCGACCGAUCACGAGGCACACACGCCGUGUUUCUAGCGCUUGCAGCCGCCGACCCAGCAUCUCCUUCAGCGACGGCAUCACCAGCAAGCUCGCCAAGCUCAGCGGCUCGCCCAGGCACAGCGCAGCCUAGCCGCAAAGCGUUCCCCGUAGCGGAGCUGCUGCUGCAAAACGGGGCCGAGCUGCCAAUGCUGCCAGCGCCCAUUCCCCUCGGCCACUCGGCACGAAGCUAUCUUGACUUCAAGGCAGAGCAGCGUGCUGGCAAGCGGCCGGCACCCAUGGUGGGCAGUCAGGCCGCACCCAGCGCAGAGAAAGCUCCGUCUUUGCCGCCCAUCAUGGCGGGCAACGGCAGCUCUCCGUCGGAACGAGCGCGCGAACGGGAUGCGCGGCUGCAAAAGCGAGUCUCGGCGAGCGGAAGGUUGGUCAAGACUCCGAACGUCGACUUGAGUGAAGGUAAGCGCGGCUCGUAG